UAUUUGACAUUGCUAACAAGUAUCACACUAAUAGUUCAUGUUUAUCACUAUUCCAUUUCCAUCAUUGUUCGUAAUUUAAUCGUCUGAUAAUAAAUUACUUGUUAAGAUUUUUAUAAGGUUUAUACAGUUCAAGUCUUCAUAUAUUAUUUUAUUUAAGUUAUUGAAUAAUUUAACUCGGUAGAAAAGUCUGACUCGACGGCCAGUAGUAAGACGCAUUUAGUGAUGGGUCGUGAACUUAUAACCCAGGGAGCUGAAGGCCGGGUAUAUUCCACAGAGUGGCUUGGACGCUCAGUCAUUGUCAAACAUCGAUUUCACAAGGAAUAUCGUCAUCCGGACUUAGAUGCUUAUAUAACCCGUGAACGAAUAAAAGCAGAAGCUCGUGCCUUGAUGAGAUGUCGCAGCUAUGGCAUUAAAACACCAGUUGUGUAUGAUGUUGAUUUUGACAAAAAUGAAAUUAUUCUUGAGAAAAUCACAAAUGGUUCAACUAUUAGAAAUUAUAUAUAUGAAGCUGUGAAAAAUAACCUUUCUAUGGAAAGUUCAGUAAUGUUAAGCAUUGCAGAGAGGAUUGGGGAAGUCCUUGUUAAAAUGCAUUCAAACAAUAUUAUUCAUGGAGAUUUAACAACUUCAAAUAUGUUAUUGGUUCCUCCUUAUGAAACAUCAGACAUUAUUCUCAUUGACUUUGGGUUAAGCUCAAUUGAUGAACGUGCAGAAGACAAGGCAGUAGACCUGUACGUCUUGGAGAGAGCAAUAUUAAGCACUCAUCCCAACACUGAAAGUUUUGUUGCUAAGAUAUUGACCACAUAUGAAAAUGCAGAUGGAUCUGCUAGAGAUGUUGUCAAACGUCUGAAUGAAGUUCGGCUUCGUGGAAGGAAGAAACUCUGCUUUGGGUGAAAUAGUAAUUUUAAUUUCAUAUGUCAUGUUUAUUUAUAUUACUGUGUAACAAAUUUGCAAAAAGAUCAUUAAGACUUUGAUCUGAGUCAAAAUUACUGUACUUACAUUAAAGUCCCAUAUUCUGGUAGAGUAUAUAUUUAGUUGUGCAUGCCUAUUGUCAAGCACUGAUGAAAUUGUUAUUUCUGCAUUUAUUUCCUACAGUGCAAAUAAACUUCAUCAGUACA